AUGUUGAUCAAAGUCAAGACCCUGACAGGGAAAGAGAUCGAGCUGGACAUUGAUCCCGAUGACAAGAUCACUCGUAUCAAGGAGAAGGUCGAGGAGCAAUCCGGUGUGCCACCACCUCAGCAGCGGCUGAUCUUUUCGGGCAGGCAGUUGGCUGACGACAAGUCCGCACGGGACGUUAACAUCCAAGCCGGCGCUGUCCUGCAUCUCGUCCUCGCUCUUCGUGGCGGCAACUGA